UAAGGCGGAGCUAAAGGAGGGGCUUCAAGGAUGGGUACGGGAAGGGGUGUGGCUGAUUUAGAAAGCCAGAGCGGCGACGCAGUUUUCACCGAAUUGGAAUCGCGGGAAAAUAGAGAGGAGCUUAUUUGAAGAUCUCGCGAGAUCGAGUGAGGACCGGAAGUCCUUCAUCUCGAGCGUCCAAUGCUGGAAGCGGCCUGACUUUCUUUACCGGAAACCCUUUUCCAGGGGAUAGGAAGACGGCCCACCUGGCCGGAAGUCCCACCUCCUGGAGCUCCCCGACCCUUCCAGAAGUUUUUCUAUCACCUGUGUUUGCCUCUGUCCGCUUUCCCCAUUUUUAUCCCUAUUCCAGAAAAGGAUAUAUUUAGUCUCCCUCCCAGCGCCACUAAACGGGUUGGAUAUAUCACUCCCCGAGUCAGGGUUCCUUCCCCGCGCCCCCAUGUAGCUGGGAAGUGGGACCUGGGGGUGGUUGGACCCCUGGGAUCCUGAAGCGGGGCGGAGAGGAGGCGGAACUCCGCAUCUGCUCCUGCUACCGAGACGCGGCCUCCUUAGCCUCUCCCCUCCCGCUGCCAUGCACCCUGCGGCCUUCCAGCUUCCUGUGGUUGUGGCCACUGUGCUGUGGGGAGCAGCCCCCAUCCGGGGGCUCAUUCGAGCGACCUCGGACCACAAUGCCAGCAUGGACUUUGCAGACCUUCCAGCUCUUUUUGGGGCUGCAUUGAGCCAGGAGGGACUUCAGGGCUUCCUUGUGGAGGCUCACCCAGCCAAUGCCUGCAGCCCCAUUGCCCCACCACCCCCAGCCCCGGUCAACGGGUCAGUCUUUAUUGCACUGCUUCGAAGAUUCGACUGCAACUUUGACCUCAAGGUCCUAAAUGCUCAGAAGGCUGGGUAUGGUGCAGCUGUGGUACACAAUGUGAAUUCCAAUGAACUUCUGAACAUGGUGUGGAAUAGUGAGGAAAUCCAGCAGCAGAUCUGGAUCCCAUCUGUGUUUAUUGGGGAGAGGAGCUCCGAGUACCUGCGUGCCCUCUUUGUCUAUGAGAAGGGGGCUCGGGUGCUUCUGGUCCCAGACAAUAGCUUCCCCUUGGGCUAUUACCUCAUCCCUUUCACAGGGAUUGUGGGACUGCUGGUUUUGGCCAUGGGAGCAGUGAUGAUAGUUCGUUGUAUCCAGCACCGGAAACGGCUCCAGCGGAAUCGACUGACCAAAGAGCAGCUGAAACAGAUUCCUACACAUGACUAUCAAAAGGGAGACCAGUAUGAUGUCUGUGCCAUCUGCCUGGAUGAAUAUGAGGAUGGAGACAAGCUGAGGGUGCUCCCCUGUGCUCAUGCCUAUCACAGCCGCUGUGUGGACCCCUGGCUCACUCAGACCCGGAAGACCUGCCCCAUCUGCAAGCAGCCCGUUCAUCGGGGUCCUGGGGACGAGGAGGAAGAAGAAACUCAGGAGCAAGAGGGUGAUGAGGCAGGGGAGCCAAGGGACCACCCUGCCUCGGAACGCACCCCACUUCUGGGCUCCAGUCCCACACUUCCCCCCUCCUUUGGCUCCCUAGCCCCAGCCCCCCAUGUUUUUCCUGGGUCUUCCCCGGAUCCUCCAGCCUCUCCUUCCUCCUCCUCCUCUUCAGUUGCCAUCCUGGUCUAAUGCUCCCCUCACCCCUCCACUUCUGCUGACCUGUUUGCACAGCUCCUCCUCCUCCUCCUCCCAGUCUUCUAUGUUGAGAGAUAGGGGACAUUUCCGCCCCAGGUUUCUCCCUUACCGAACCCCAUCCUUUUGAGGGGGUUGAGAGUGCAAAGGGACUGGGUCUUCACUUACUGAGUUAAUAAAAUUGUUUUUGUGGACUAAG